UCUAAGAUCAGUGCAAGUCUGUCAACGCGAACCGCGAGAUCAUCAAUCAACACUCAGUUACUUUUCAGUCAAGGAGUCAAAUAUCAAAACUCAAUCACCAUGAAAUUCAUUCUUUUGACCGUAUUUGUUUGCCUGGUUGUGUGCUUCAUGGCCGUCAGUGCUAAGCCUUUGGAGGAGGCCAUUCCUGAGGGUAUUGAAGGACCUGGCAAUGAGCCCAUCAACCCAACCGACGAUCAGUCCUUCCUGCUGAAGCUCAAGCUGCUGAAGAAGCUCCUCUUCCUGGGUUAAAUGCCAACAGCAAAUGGACUUAAUUAGCAUAUUUUGUGUUU